ACACUGUAUUCGGAUUCAUCUUAAGCAUGCUUGAGAUCAUUUCUCCCAUCACCUAAUUCAUCAUCGCUAUCAUUUUGGUCUUCAGCCUCAUCUUCUAUGACCCUUCCUUAUUGCAUAGAAUUUGUCGCAUAUAGCCAAGAUGCCUCCGAAGCGAAAGAGAAAUGAGAGGCCAUCCGACGCCGGAGCGAACCGGCCGGCUCCUCAUCGCCCUUCCGACACAAACCUCGGCCAGCACGACCGAGAUUUCCAAGAUACUUCUUCUCCCCAGAACCGUCGCGCCCCUAGCGGUAGAAACACUAGGAGGAGCAAUAAUAAUAAUGAUCGCCGGGACUCAUCGGGUAGCCAGCUAGGCCUCAACCCCAAUCAUCGAGCUCCCAUCUCCCCGUCGGCUGUACGGCCAUCUAGUUCAUCCUCGCAGAUUGCUGCUCCUGCACCCGUGUCUGCAAUCCCUUCUACGCCAACCGCCCCUCAACUCAACCAAACCCAAGCCCAGAAUCAAGUCUCCACUCCCUCGAGCUAUAAAUUUGUUGUCCUGACGGAGUCGCGCCUUGCCGCGUGGCAGCAAAAAGGCCGCCAGGAAGUGGUCGAUCAUGGUAUCAAGUCUCGUAACGACGAAGACGUUGAAGAAAUAUCGACUAUUUCACAAGAGUUUACACGUGCUGUGCUGGAGGGUCGCCUGAACCCCGUUGAUGCUGGAAAUUGCAUGAAGCAAAUCCUAGGUCCACCUGUUGAGAAUAUUGAUGGUUCCGCAUUCGGUUUUGACUCGCAGGCGCUAUUUCUCGACAGCUUCUCUAUCUUCCUCGACUCUGAUGACAACGCAUCCCAGCCGCAGUUGCGAGACUUCGUCUCCGCUACAGAGAUCUCCCCAAAGCUUAUGCGCGAUGUCCUAGAUGCAUCGGCUCUUAAGCAACUUGGUUUGAUCCGCGACACGUUUGUCAAGUUGGGCAUUCGCUAUGCUACCAACCAGUUAUACCGUCAAGCCAACUACAAUCUCCUGAGAGAAGAGUCAGAGGGUUAUUCGAAACUUGCUGCAGAGCUCUAUCGUACUCCAAUCUGUGGUGCUCGAGAAGGCCACGAUUUUGUCCUCGUGCAAGCGAGUUGGGAGCGAGUCAAGGGGUUGAUAGGAACCUUCGACCUCGACGUUGGUAGAGUUCUUGACGUGGUUAUCGACGUAUUCUCCGCGACGAUGCUUAGGACCAUCGUAUUCUUUUCCCGAUUUCUACGAAUUAGUUCUUGGUGGCCUCGCACUCAAGUUGAGCAUGCCGAGAAAGUCUUCACUGGUGGCUUGCCAAAAUGGGCAUUGCCUCAAUAUGAAGACGUCCCUAAUGCGGAACUCCAAGCUCAACUUGCUGAAGAGUGCUAUCAACGCGACCUCGAAUUCUGGGAUAGAGCUCGAGAAUUACACUUGGAUGCCUUUUUUGAGCUUGGUGGAAGACGGGUAGAAGAUACCAACCGUCCCGACUCUACAGAAACUACGUCCAGCCUCAAAGCGAGCGACUCUAGCCUCGAUUGGAUUCAAACUACAAAGACACUUCCUCCUUGUGGCAAUAAGAUCGCCGCACAGCUGCUAGGCUUCAAGUUUCGAUUCUACGCAUCUGACGCUCGAAACAAAGAAGAGACGAUUCCAGCAAAUCUCUAUUAUCUUGCAGCCUUCUUAAUCAAGAUAGGUUUCAUAUCUCUUGCUGAUCUCUACCCUCACCUUUGGCCGGAUGAUAGCCAGAUGGAGCCUUUGAGAGAGCGACGAAUGCAGGAGCUUGAUGAAAAAGAGCGCGCCAAAAGACAAGGCAACGAACCAAACGCCCUCCUUGCAGCUGGUGCUCUGACCGAUGAUACUUUACCGUUCCCUUCGAAACCACGAGAACCCGCCACUGCGAACGCUGAUGGCAACCAGCAAGAAGCGAAGUCCGGUGAAGAAGACGAUGGAUCACCCCUUCCGGAACCAAAAGAAGCCCAUAAGGCUGAUCUUGUGUCUCACUUAUUAGUUGUGGGCGCGCUUCCCGAAGCUCUAUUCAUCUUAGGACGCUUCCCGUGGCUUCCUGAGGCAUACCCCGACGAGAUAUUUCCCGCUGUCAAUCGUAUCCUACUACACAGCAUUAGCAAAGUCUUUAACGAUAUCCGACCUACCGAACUACGACCUAUAACCAACAAUCCAAUCAAGCUAGAGGUAGCACAAGAUCAAUCCGGCAUGACGAAGGGCAACCUGAAACUUACCGAAGGCGCUCCAAUUAAGAUUCUGAAGUGGCCUCACGCCGAUGGGAAUCAUAAAGGUACUCUCUAUCGAUUCUAUCUCGAUGAAUGGGCAGACAAUGUUCCCAUCUGCCAAACAGUCGAGGACGUCUUCACUCUCUGUAGCACUUUCUUGAACAUAUCCGGAGUCAAUAUCGGAAGGGAGCCUUCCCUGGUCAAGAAGUUAGCUUCUAUUGGUGCGAAAAGCUUCUCACAGGACCAGUCACCAGAGAAUGUCGCUCGUUGGCAAGAUCUUCUUCGACGGACUCUUGUUCCAUCCCUGUGCCUUAGCGACUCCAACGUUGAUGCGGUGGACGCCGUUUGGGAUCUUCUCAAACACUACCCAACACAAGUGCGCUACAACAUUUAUUCGGAGUGCUAUGAAGGGCAAAUAUCUCGACUCCCCGCCAUGGCGAGGGUAUUCAAGAACGCUAGGUUGGAUACACUCGCGACACUAAAGCGUCUAUCCCUACAGAACAUUUCUAGUUCUGCGAAGAAACUCGCAAAGGUAGCCUUGUCCUCACCAGGUAUCGUAUGUAAGGUCGCCCUUGACCAAAUCGAGGCGUAUACCAACCUCAUCGAGGCUUUCGUGGAGUGCACCAAGUAUUUCACGGAAAUGGGUCACGACGUUCUCGUUUGGUCUCUCCUUAGUUCAUUGGGCGGCAAGCAGAGAAGCAGGACUCAAGAAACCUCAGUGCUGUUAACAAGUCGCUGGCUGCAGGCUCUUUCUAAAUUCUCGGGGAGAGUCUUCCGACGAUACAGUAAUAUGGAUGCUACCCCGAUCAUUUCUUACGUGAACGACCAAGUCGCCCACGGAAACUCAACAGACCUAAUUAUUUUACGCGAGUUCAUUACCUCAAUGGGCGGAAUUGUCUCGGAUGUUGAUUUUACGGAAGCGCAAUUAUUUGCACUAAGUGGUGGCGAACUUUUACGUCGUCAAACACUCAUCAGCCUGGGGGAUAAACGCUACGAGUCCGCCAAAAGCGCCACCCGUCUUAUGAAGGCAUUGUGGCAGACGGAUCUCGCUUGCCGUCUUUUGACGAAUAUGGCCCAGUACCGUCAGUCCGCCAUCUAUCGUCUUCCAGAGAACGAAACACAUAUCAAGUACCUAGCAAACGUGAUCGAUGACUCUCAGCAAGCACUCGUCCAGUUUGUAGAGCUGCUACGAACCAACCUACCACCCGACCAGUUUGAUGCACUCAUACCAAGUAUCCCACGGUUAAUGACAGACUUCGGCCUUGAUGCUAACCUAGCCUUCAUGAUUGGUCGCGCCAGCCUCCAGUAUUUCAUGAUGGGUCCGGGAGAAAAGCUCGUGAUAACCAAUUCCGAAUCACCGAAGGAUGUAGAGGGCGACAUGGUCAUUGACACAAAAGAGAAUGAUGGCGUACCACCAUCUUCGGUUACACAAGAUACUGAAGAUCAAAUGAUAGUGGAUAUGCCCGAUACGGAGGGAGCAAGCCCUCCGCAACAACCAGUAACAGUAAACGGUCAAAAACCUGACCGUUUCUUGGAUGUUCUCGCACCUAUUGUCCAAACGGUACGCACAUUGUUGCCUUGGGAUGUAUGGGAUAAAAUCAGCCCCGAAUUCUUCGUUCUUUUCUGGUCCCUCCAAACGGGAGAUCUUGUCGUUCCGAUGACUAGCUACGAUGCGGAAACCGCGCGCGUGGAAAAACAAUAUGCCGAAUUGAAACGCGAUCGAAGCGAUAUAAGCAUAAAUAACAGAAAGAAGUCGCUCAACACUCUUAUCCAAACCACCAAGGAUCUCGCUGCCGAAGCCAGUGCUUGUCGUGAGCGAGUUAGCAAGACUAAGCUAUUACUCAUCAAGCAGAGCACACGAUGGUUCAGCUCAUCAGCGAAAGGAGACUCGAUUGCUGAUACAUUCAUUGAGGAAUGCAUCAUUCCUCGAAUCCUCCUCUCGCCCGGCGACGCAGACUUUUGUCACCGCAUGAUCAAGUUUAUGCAUUCUAACCGAGUAGCAAACUUCAGGCUACUUGAUUUGUACGACCGGUUCUUUGGCGUAAACAGGUUACGCUUGAUGAUAUUCGGUUGCACUGUCCGGGAAGCAGAAUUCCUCGGACGCUUCAUCAAACUCACAUUGGGAGACCUUGCAAGAUGGCAUAAAGACAAAGAAGUUUACGCCAAGGAAGCUAUUCAAAACGGGAAACUCGGGUUUGCAACGGCCUUCGACGACAAUGGUAAGCCAACGUCGUUCAUGGAGCACGAUCAAUUCCGUGAUCUGCUCUGGACCUGGCAUCGGAAUCUAUCCGCAGCACUACGAGCAUGCCUUACUGGGAUGGAGUGGAUGCAUAUCAGGAAUGCUAUUACUGUUUUGAAGGGGGGCCUUGAGCACUUCCCUGCCGUCGACUUUAUGGGUCGGCAAUUCUUGCAAACACUCGGAAAGAUUGCAGAGCGCGAAGCCGCUUCGAAGAACGAGGGCGAAGAUAGUCAAAGUCACAGGGUAGAUCUCUCGGUCACAGCAAAUACCGCAACUUCUGCCCUCAAGAGAUACUCUCAUAAAUGGGUCAUGGUUCAAGCAUUCCGAUCGAAUACUAGCGGCGAUUCUACCGAGGACAAGAAAUUGCUAGAGUCUACAAAGAUCGUACAAGCAUCAUCAAGUCUACGAGCAAGUGCGGCAGAAUUUAAACCUACACCGGCAGGCGUGACCACCCAAACGAAAACAAAUGCCGAGGAAGAAGAUGGCGAAGUCAAAGAUGUAAAAGUGUCGAGUGGUGUCGAGUCUAUUAAGGAGGAUAUGGGGAAUCCACGAUCAACACCCUCGAAUAUAGAUACCGCUCAAAAGCUACCGACCGCUCCCCAAAAGCCAGACUCUAAGCCAAUCCCCAGUCGAUCGUCAACUCCAAGAUCGGUACCAACAGCUCCAGCCCCAGCAUCUGGCCCCAGGGCCGAGCCAUCUCGACCUUCCACUUUAGCUCCCGCGCCCGGGCUGCCUAGCCGACCAGAAGUUCCAUUCCCCGCGCACUUCACGCAUGAUAAAUUCGGACAGAUUACAACAUCGGCACAUCCUCGUGAUCAUAGAGAACCUAGGGAUACAAGGGAUUCUAGAGAGCCUCGAGGUCCCAGAGACACAAGAGAUGUUCGUGAUCCUAGAGACCCCAGAGAUCAGCGAUCCUUUUCGCGUCCGGAUGAUUCGCGUCCAGUUCGAGGGCGGGAUCCACAGGGGGUAGAUCGCCGAGCCCCCGAAACCAUACCAAGAGAACCUCAAAGGUCUGAGAGAGAUCGACCACCGCACCGAUCAGACUCUGCUCGGCGGAAUGAAACGAAUCCCCCUGACCGUGAAAGUCGCGGUCCACGAGACCGACCAGCACCCCCUAGCGGUGUUAAUCGAGGCCCUGACCCGACCCGACCGCAACGCGACAGCUCCGUUCCUGCAAAGCCCAUGUUACCUCCUCCACAACCGGAGCCACAGGGGCCAACGGUGAACCCAGACCGUGCGCGACUCAUAAAUGCGGAUCGCCCAGAUGAGCGUUCGAAUGUAAAUCCUGCUCGUGCUGCCCUAAUCGGCGAUGUGAGGCCCCCUAGUCGCCAACUAAGAGAUGAAAGUCGAGAUCGCAAUGGUUCUCGACCACUCUCUCCUCGACGAAGUGAUCGCCCCGAUUCCCGGCCUGGCGAUUUGUCUCGCGAGGACCGACCUGGCCGACCUCAUCGUGUAGAUCAUCAACCCCGAGAUCAUUGGAAUGAACCAUUGCCGUCAACUGGACCCAAAGGUGGUAGGUUUAAUGAUCAUGAUGGCGAUCGAGGUAUGCCUGAUAGGUCGCGCGAGCCUAUGGCAUUUCAGGGACCGCCUCUUGCCGCUCGAGGCGAACCUGAACAUGGAAGACUUAACAAUCAAGAUCCGGAAUAUGGUCGUCUGAGCUCGAUUCCUUCAAUUGGGGACACAGCUACCCCUCCCGAGGGACCACGCGGCCGUGGCCGUACCUCCACUCAUACCCCUACAAAUCCCCCGCCAGGACAACCAAAUCCCAGAUUCCCAAACAGUGCACCUCAUCGAGCUCCGUCACCAGACAGGCAUCACCCUCCCACCGGCCCUGCAUCGUCUAGGCCACGUCGGGGCCAGCCAGGAGGACAAUACAGCCACGGAAAUGGCCCAGCCGCUUCUCCGAAUACUACCAGUUCGCCGGGAAUCCACCCAGAGAGGCUACGACAAUUGAACCCUGGCACUUCUAGCGUCCCAGCCUCGUCUUCUCAGUCCUCGUAUGCAUCUCCUGCGCCUGGCCCGGUCCCCGUACAUCCUGAUCGAAUGGGUCAGAUUGCGCCAAUCCCCUCCGGUCCUCAUCAGGGCAGUCGUUCCGCUUUACCGCCGUUACAGACUUCCGAUCGACCACCUCUUCCCGGAACCUCGGGUCAUCGCCAACCAUCUGGAAGCCAUCCGAUGGGACCAGGAUCGGAAGCUGGGAGUAUUAUGUCUGCGCCCACAGGACCUUCGUCGUCUAACGAACGUGCUAGGACUGGGGGUGGAAGAAGACAAAUCUCCGGUAUCAACAAUAUUCUUUCGGGGGGGAGUCCUACUAUGCGUACAAGAGGCUCUCGAACCAAUCUAGCCGGAUCUGACGCCCAAGUUCUGACAGGCGCAUCCCCUCUUACGACGCCAGUCCACGAACGCCCAGAUCCCAACAUCCUGAACGAGCGAAGUACGAACGGAAGCGAACGUCCUGGACGAAAUGACCACGAACGAGGACGAAGAGACCAUAGUAACGCCGAGCGAUCUUUACGUUCCUCACGACGAAGCAGUCGAGACCACACUCCAGAAAGGGACCAGAGGCCAAAAGACCAUCGUGAUUACCGAGAUCGAAAGUCUAAUACUGGGCCUCCUAAUCAUGGAAGGGAGGGCGAGAUGGAGCCUCCACGCCGGCCGGGUCGGGAUCCCGCUGCUAUGGGUCGAGAACUUUUGCCCAGCAGCGGUAGGGGUGAGUUGAUGGGUAACGGACGUGACGGGCAGCGAGAAUCACGUCACCGGGGAGAUGGCGGUGGUAGACAUGAGGAUUAUGGACGUGGCAGAGGUGGAGGUGGAACAGGCGGUGGACCACGUGGGGGCGAUGAUCGACGGGAAUCGAGAGGUGAUGACCGAGGUCGUAAGCGUCGAAGCGAUGAAUACGGAGGACCUGGCGAGAAAAGGCAAAGACGUUAGUACCGGGGCUAAAGGCCAUAUUUUGCCACGCUAUGUGAGGAUACACCGAUAACAAGUUGCUUCUUUUCGACGAUGUAUUAUGGAACAGUCUCGGGAUAACGACGAUCAAAUAAUCACGCACAAUGGC